AUGUAUUCACCAUUCAAGAAAUCGGAUGGCAGAAGAUUCUCGGCUGAAGCUGCGAUGCCUGUUGCUGGGGGUCGACUUAUGCUUCCUGAACUCUGUGCACCCAUACACCAAGGGCGUGACAUGCAAACGGUAAUUACCAAACAAUUCUCUUCUUCGUCGCAGUCAAUUAAGCAUUUCAGCGGCGGUAAUCUCCUACAAGAAGAAAAUCUCUUCAGCACCAAAGCCAAUUUUUUUGCCGAUUCAUUAUGCGGUCAUAAAAAUAACAUGGAGCGAAAAACUUCCUGCUAUAACGACGAGAGUCACACAUCUUCUCGAACGGACACUCUGGUCCGUGGCGCAAAUCGAGACAAACUGCAAUUAGUGACCACUGGGAUAAGAGAGAGACACAAAUCGGGCAAAGAACACACAUACACAACCAAAGAUGACAACACCACGCAUGUCCAGAAACAAACAAGUAGAAGAAAUGUAUUGAAGAAAUUUUCCAAUUUCUCUCUCUCUCUCUCCUUCCCCCCUCUCUCUGUCUCUGUCUCUGUCUCUCUCUCUCUCUCUCUCUCUUUCCAUUUCUAUCUAUCUAUCUAUCUAUCUAUCUAUCUAUCUAUCUAUCUAUCUAUCGAUCGAUCUAUCUAUCUAUCUAUCUCUUUCUCUUCAUCUAUCUAUCUAUCUAUCUCUUUCUCUUCAUCUAUCUAUCUCUCUCAAUCUAUCUAUCUAUCUAUCUAUCUAUCUAUUUCUCUUCAUCUAUCUAUCUCUCUCAAUCUAUCUAUCUAUCUAUCUCUUUCUCUUCAUCUAUCUAUCUCUCUCAAUCUAUCUAUCUAUCUAUCUAUCUAUCUAUCUAUCUCUUUCUCUUCAUCUAUCUAUCUCUCUCAAUCUAUCUUAGUGAAUUUCUUCCUUUAUUAUCUCUCUCUCUCUCUCUCUCUCUCUCUCUCUCUCUUUCUAUCUCAUAUUUAUUUUUAA